UCUCUCUCUCUCUCUCUCUCCAUAUAGUGAUAUAUAAUAAGUAGCCAGAAUAGCUUUCACAACAUUAUAUAUUUUUAUUCAUUGAUCUCUUAGGCCCAGCAAUAUCUAGCCGAAAUUGGUUCGUUCAGCACUACAAAUUAAGUAGAAGAAAACCACAAGGAGAAGAAAUGGAGUUCCCUACUCUUUCGACAGUGGUUUCCUACCUAGCUCUUCUUGCACUGGUUUUCUUGUUUCUUCAUCGAAUUGUGAUGCUAAAGUCGAAUUGGAUCAGAAGGAAGCUUCGAAUGCAAGGCAUCCAAGGACCACGGCCUUCGUUUUUAUAUGGGAAUCUACCUGAGAUGCAGAAAAUCCAAUCCAAGAUCAUCAAAGGCAAGGCGUCCAGUAGUCAUGGCGAGUUAAUAGCCCAUGACUACACUUCCACCCUCUUCCCAUACUUGGAAAGAUGGAGAAAAGAAUACGGUCCAUUGUACACGUAUUCAACCGGCAUGAAGCAACACUUGUACGUGAAUCAGCCUGAGCUAGUGAAGGAAAUGAAUCAAAGCAUGACUUUGGAUUUAGGCAAACCUUGUUACGUAACAAGGAGGCUUGCACCCAUGCUCGGCAAUGGCAUUUUAAGAUCAAAUGGCCUUCUCUGGGCUCAACAAAGGAAAAUUGUCGCACCCGAGUUCUAUAUGGACAAGGUCAAGGGGAUGGUGGGGCUAAUGGUGGAGUCAGCCCAACCAUUGCUGAGGAAAUGGGAAGAGUGCAUUGAAGCACAAGGUGGCAUGGCAGCAGAUGUUAUAGUAGAUGAGGACUUGAGAAGGUUCUCAGCAGAAGUCAUCUCAAGGGCUUGUUUUGGGAUUUCAUAUACCAAAGGCAAACAAAUCUUCUCUUUGCUUAGAACUAUGCAAAAAGCCAUUUCCAAACAAAGCAUCCUUUUCGGAGUUACUGGCCAUAGUUUCAGAUUUUUUCCAGUGAAGAAGCUAAACGAGAUAGUCAGUUUGGAGAGAGAGGUCGAGUCAUUGAUUUGGGCUGCAGUGAAAGAACGGGAACGAGAGUGUCAAGAGACAUCAUCAUCGAAAGAUUUAAUGCAGUUGAUACUGGAAGGGGCCAUUAAUGACCAAAAUCUUGGAAAGGAUUCAUCCAAGCGAUUCAUUGUGGAUAACUGCAAGAAUAUAUACUUUGCCGGCCAUGAAUCGACUGCUGUUGCGGCCUCCUGGUGCUUGAUGCUACUUGCUUUACAUCCAGAAUGGCAAGAUCCUAUCAGGAUAGAACUGGCUCAAGUAUGCAAGGAUGGCUUCCCUGCUGAUGAUCUUCUCCACUUAAAAACGGUGACCAUGGUGAUUCAAGAGGCCCUACGGCUGUACCCACCAGCAGCAUUUGUAUCAAGGGAAGCACUUGGAGAUACCCAAAUUGGAAAUAUUUUUGUUCCGAAGGGUGUGUGCUUAUGGACUCUGAUACCAACAUUGCAUCGAGAUCCUGAAAUUUGGGGACCAGAUGCCAACGAGUUCAAACCUGAGAGGUUCGCUGGCGGUGUCUCCAAGGCUUGUAAACUUCCUCAAGCCUACAUUCCAUUCGGAGUUGGUCCUCGCUUGUGCUUGGGCAAAAACUUUGCGAUGGCUCAAUUGAAGGUUGUACUCUCCCUUGUUGUUUCCAAGUUCAGUCUCUCCCUGUCUGCUAAAUACAGGCAUUCACCUACUUACAGAAUGAUUGUAGAGCCGGAACAUGGUGUCCAUGUCAUCAUUCGAAAGAUACACUAGCAAGGUGCAUAACAUGCAAAUGCUCUAGUAAACCAAUGUCAAAACAUAUGCCUGGAAAUUGUCUUUGUUUACAGUGCAUGUUUAAUCUCUCGUCGGUCAUUCACUACAA